AGUGUUGUUCUGCUGAAGAGGGCUGUGAAUCUGGGCAAUACAGAGGCCCUGGUGGACUUGACCAAUAUAUAUCUGUUGGGCAGAGGCAGUGUGCCGAUAGACUUUGACACUGCGCGUGAUCUGGCGCUUAAGUUAAUCGACAAAGAACACGGCUACGGCCACAGCGUCAUAGCCAUGUUGUACAGCUACGGCCUGGGAGUGGCAGAGGACCAGACCAAGGCAAUGCUACACUACUCAAUGGCAGCCAUACUCAACGACCCUCAUGGCACCAUGGCCAUGGCUUACAGGGCGAAGAUGGAAGUGAUGAUCUCGCGCAGCUGUUCACAUGCACAUCAGCUGUACAAGGCCUUGGCCUCGAACGAGAGUAUCUAUUUACCUACCUUGUAUGACGGGGAAUCUGUUGUACUCAACUGUGUCCUGCAUUGUAUCGUUGCUGUGGUGCUGGGCUGCAUGCAGGUGUCAAGUGUCAAGUGUCAUUUGCAUUUGGCGGGUGACAGUUCACAGCCUAUCUAUCGCUUGUUGGGCCGUGGUGUGGCAUUCGACGAGACUUCUGUGCAUAACGCGUACAAUGAGCACUGA